UACGGAAAACGAGUUAAGAUGAUGUUCGGGCUUCAAGAGAGUGGGCUCCAGCCCAGGGGGCCCAUGGCUACUCUAAAAGAAGAGCCGCUCACAUCAGCGCAACUGGGCAGUGUUCGGACAGGAUGGAUGCAGCCGGCAAUGAUUGACCAAACCGCCGGGAGUGUGGGUUUAGGUCGAGCUCAUUUUGAAAAACAGCCACCGUCCAACCUGAGGAAAAGCAAUUUUUUUCAUUUUGUCAUAGCUCUUUACGACAAGGCCGGUCAGCCGGUUGAAGUGGAAAGAACGGCUUUUGUCGGCUUUGUUGAGAAAGAUCAGGAAUCCGAAGGUCAGAAAACAAACAAUGGUAUUCAUUACAGACUUCAGCUUCUAUACGCUAAUGGAGUGCGGCAGGAGCAAGACCUGUACGUUCGGCUAAUAGACCAUGUAUCAAAACAGGCCAUCCUGUACGAAGGCCAAGACAAAAAUCCUGAAAUGUGCCGCGUUUUACUCACGCACGAAGUCAUGUGCAGUCGGUGCUGUGACAAGAAGAGCUGUGGAAACAGAAAUGAAACACCCUCCGAUCCCGUGAUAAUUGACAGGUUUUUUCUGAAGUUCUUCUUGAAGUGCAAUCAGAACUGUCUAAAAAACGCAGGGAAUCCUAGAGACAUGCGACGAUUUCAGGUUGUCAUAUCAACUCAAGUAAGCGUGGAGGGACCUUUAUUAGCUGUAUCGGAGAAUAUGUUCGUACACAACAAUUCCAAACACGGGAGGAGGGCGAAAAGACUGGACCCAACAGAAGUUCAUUUUGCAGCGACGCCGUGCAUAAAGGCAAUAAGCCCAAGUGAAGGCUGGACGGCAGGGAAUUCUACAGUCAUCAUCAUCGGCGAUAAUUUCUUCGACGGUCUCCAAGUCGUAUUCGGCACCAUGCUUGUCUGGAGCGAGCUCAUCACAUCUCACGCCAUCAGAGUUCAAACACCGCCCCGACACAUUCCAGGCGUUGUCGAAGUAACUCUAUCUUACAAGUCCAAACAGUUUUGUAAAGGAGCUCCAGGAAGAUUUGUCUACGUGUCCUUAAAUGAACCAACAAUCGAUUAUGGCUUCCAAAGGCUUGCUAAACUAAUACCUCGGCAUCCUGGUGAUCCAGAAAAAUUACCAAAGGAGAUUAUUCUGAAGCGGGCGGCUGAUUUAGCUGAAGCCUUGUACAGUAUGCCUCGAAAUAACCAGUUAGCUCUGCCCGCGCCCCGGUCACCAGCUCUCAACAACGCAGCUGCCAUGUCCGGCUUCAAUGCCUACACAGGUCAGCUGGCUGUCAACGUGCAGGAGAACGAUUACGGCAGGACGCAAAGCAACAGUGUUUCCCCUCGAGGCUAUGGCUCCAACGCGUCGACACCGCACAGCGCUAACGGUAGUUCCUAUGGCACCGCAGCUAUGAAUGGCGGCUAUGGCAGUCCCACCAACCUUGGCAAUAUGGCGGUACCCGGUUCACCAGGCCUUUUUAAUGGAAUGGGAAGUAUCGUAUCCUCGCCUUUCGCAGCAAUGAAUCCUUUUGCCCUUCCCACGUGCAAUGGCCAGUCAUAUGGCAGUUCUAUAGUGACAUCUAAGUGACGGUGGAGUUGCGCCUCAACAGACUGGCGACUUUGAAUCGACCGCAGACAUUCCUUUUCAACAGGCCCCCCUCACAUCCGAUCUGGGCUUAUAAGCCCUUUUGGAAUGUAGCCAUUUGCGUGGACUAGGCAGCGACAUUUACAGUGACAGGAGAUUUCUGGGACAUAUCCAGCAACUGAACACUGAAGGACACAAAUCUGAAUGCUGUACAGUUGAUGCGAAUCGCAAAAUUUCAUUGCCACCAUUUUCAUCUUCCGGUGUGUUUUACUUCAACUGCACUUGUUUAAGAACAAAAGACAUCGGAAUUCUAGGUUGAGAUCCUUUGUGAUACAACCUUGUUCUAAAGAGUCGCAGCAAAUGGAAGUUUCUACAGAGUUUUAAAGACAUGGAAAGAAGUUUUGAGUGCUGUAAUCACACGAAACUGAAUUACGUUUCAAUAUUUUUCUGUUUAAGAAGCCAUUAGAAAAGAUAUAAAUAUGUAUAGGUUCUGUUUCUCGUAAUGGUUUGGCUUUGUUUAAAGCAGUUAAACAGGGAUUUAAAGAAAGUAUUCAAUUUUAAAGGGCGCAAGUUAAUGAAAAUACGAAAAAAUAUUCAUUACUGAAAAAAGAUUCAUUACUGAAAAUAAUAAUGCUAUAAAUGCAUUUAUGAUAAGUAAUUUAUUGUUUUUUAACUUCUGAGUUUUUAGGAUCUGCUGGUAAGAUCCUAAUACUUGAAUUCCAGCGCCAUAAUUACGUCAAAUAACUAAAAAAGAAUUUUUUGUUUGUCUCAUGUUUUAGUUUCUGUCCAUUAUUUAUUAAUGUUAUACAAGAGAAAGAAAGUAUUAUUUUUCAAGUUGAUUAUUUGUUUUUCUCUAUAAACUCGUUGCCUAAUUAUUGUUAUAUUUCUAUAUUUAUUACAUUAGAAUUUUUUA